AUGGCAGAGCCGUCGGCGGCCACUCAGUCCCCGUCCGUCUCGUCGUCCUCCGGGGCCGAGUCCUCUGCGCUCGGUGGUGGCAGCGGGAGCCCGGGAGCCUGCCCCGCCCUGGGGACGAAGAGCUGCGGCUCCUCCUGUGCGGAUUCCUUUGUUUCUUCCUCUUCCUCUCAGCCUGUAUCUCUAUUUUCGACCUCACAAGAGAGAUUGAGCUCUCUUUGCUCUGAUGAGCCACCUUCAGAAAUUACGACUUCCUCCUCUUGUUCAUCUUCUGAAAUAUGUAACACUGACCUUACAAUACUACAUGGAGUAAAAAGCAAAAUGUUAGGCAACCAGAUUCUUUUAGCCCAAGAAGCAAAAGACUGCUUGGCUCUUCUAGAUGGGAAAAAGAUGGAAAAGCCUCUGGGGACCAGCAAAGACAUAGAAGACUCCCCAGUUUCUGCUGCAGGAGAAGUUCACUGCGACCAUCCUUCCUUUCCACUCAGCUUCCUGGGUCAUCCUGCUUUUCUCUCAAAGGAAGAUGGUCAAAUGGAACAACAGAUAAAUAAAGAUCAAGAGUCCAGGAACCCAAAUGAGGAACCAAAUAGGGAUGAUAUACCUGCCUCGGAUGCAGAUGACAAGUUCACUUUGCUAACAGCCCAGAAGCCACCCACCCUGCAGCCUAAAGCCGAAGGCGUUUGUCCAUAUUCCUUGUCUCCUUCUGAAGCUUCAGGAGGUGGUGUUAUGGAAAAGGAUUCCCCUGAAUCACCAUUUGAAGUAAUAAUUGACAAAGCAGCAUUUGACAAAGAAUUUAAAGACGCAUAUAAGGAAAGCAUAAAUGAUUUUGGUAGCUGGGCAGUGCAUACUAGUAGAGAAUCACCUGCAGACAUUUCAGAGUCUAAUGACAAAGUAUUUCCACUGAGAAAGAAAGAAGCAGGGCGUUACCCGGCCUCUGCAUUGCUCAUCAGGCAGUUUUCACACACAACUGCAGCAUUGGAGGAGGUAUCUAGAUGUGUGAAUGAUAUGCAUAACUUUACUAACGAAGUACUGACUUGGGAUUUGGUUCCCCAAGUGAAACAGCAGAGUGAUAAAUCUGAGUACAACACAAAAACUUCAGGACUUGGCACAAGUGAAUAUAAUUCAGAAAUUCCUGUUGUAAAUCUGAAAAUGAACACUCAGAAAAUUCCUGUAUGUUCUAGUAAUGGAAGCACUACUAACACUAAAUCACCAGGUGACUGGGCGGAAACAUCUCUCCCGCAGGAAAAUGCUGUGCCAGACCAUUUUGAUUCCACACAGGCAGUCACUAUCAAAGAUGUGCAAGACAAAGUGCAGAAAAGAGAUGACACACUUUCAGAGUUACCUGGAUCUCCACUGGAGAAAUGUGUCUCUCUUGGUUCUGGAGUAGCCACAGAUAAAGUGGUUUUACCCGACAGCCACCUGAAAGGUGGAAUGAGCUGGCGGACCUCUGUGUUGGGAGAAGUGACAGAGGCUGAUAGUUCUGGUGAUUCUGAUGACACAGUAAUAGAGGACCUCACAGCAGAUAAUUCAUUUGAGAGCAACAAAAUUCAGGCUGAAAAACCUGUUUCCAUCCCAACUCCUGUUGUAAAAACAGAUGGAGAAGUCAAAGAGAUCCUCAGUUGUAAUAAGAGAGAAAGAACAUCUGAAAAUUUUGAAGGGUCUGUCAGUGACUCUGAGCCACAACAAGUUCAGCCUGAUCCUCUUGAAAGGAGCCCAAGUGAGGCAGUAUGUUCACUAGUAUCUAAUAAGAAUGGCACGUCAGAAGUGAAGCAGUCAGGCAGUAAGCAUGAAGCUGUUCCUGAAAAGCCUGUUGCAGCUGAGAACCCCAAACUCCCUUCAGAAGCAUCUCCUACAGAACUCUCACAAAGUGUGACAACCUCUGCCUAUUUGGAGGCAUUGCAUGAAAAAAAUGUGAAAGAUAUAGAUGAUUCUUCCCCAGAGGACCUGAUGGCGGCCUUUACAGAAACCAGAGAGAAAGGAAUAGUAAGUAAAGGUGAAGGAAAUACCUUCGAAGCAACAUCAGAGGAAACUAAGGACUUUAAAACAAUUCUUCCUCUGGAUGUUUUGCAUGAGAGUAAGUCAGGUGUUUCUGAAAUUAAAAACAUAAAAAGCAAAUACAGUAAACAAAGCAAAGAAACAAAUGGGAGUGAGCUUCUGGAAGUUUUCCCUACCCAAGGUACUCCAGUAGCAUCGCUCGACUUAGAACAAGAACAGCUCACAAUCAAAGCACUUAAAGAACUGAGUGAAAGGAAGGUUGAGAAGUCAGCUUCUGUACAGGAUAAAGAAGAAUCUCCUGAAGAAAUAUUCAAACAGACUUUAACAUUUGUUCCAGAAUCUUCUUGGCCACAGAAAUCAUAUGAUGUCCUGGAACACAAAGAUGUCAAGACUGGAUCUGAUCUUGAGAUUUCCAAGAAGCCCACUGUUACCAAAGAAACUACUAGGGCAGAGGUUAUUUCCAUCCUUAGCAAGACUGAACCGGUAAACAAGCCUGUCCUAACAAGACUUCUGACACACUUAUCAGUGCACGACUUGGUUUUCUGGCGUGAUGUGAAGAAGACUGGCUUUGUCUUUGGCACCACACUGAUCACGCUGCUGUCCCUGGCAGCUUUCAGCGUCAUCAGUGUGGUUUCUUACCUCAUCCUGGCUCUCCUGUCGGUCACCAUCAGCUUCAGGGUCUACAAGUCUGUCAUCCAAGCUGUACAGAAAUCAGAAGAAGGCCAUCCGUUCAAAGCCUACCUGGAUGUCGACAUCACUCUGUCCUCAGAAGCUUUCCAUAAUUACGUGAACGCUGCCAUGGUGCACAUCAACAGGGCCCUGAAACUCAUCAUUCGUCUCUUUCUGGUGGAAGAUCUAGUUGACUCCUUGAAGCUUGCUGUCUUCAUGUGGCUGAUGACCUAUGUUGGUGCCGUUUUCAAUGGGAUCACCCUUCUGAUUCUUGCUGAACUGCUCGUUUUCAGUGUUCCAGUUGUCUAUGAGAAGUACAAGACCCAGAUUGAUCACUACGUUGGCAUCGCCCGCGAUCAGACCAAGUCGAUUGUUGAAAAGAUCCAAGCAAAACUCCCUGGAAUUGCAAAAAAAAAGGCAGAAUAA